CUGAACAUACCCUCUGAGAAGCUCGACUCCCCGGCCAGCUAUUCGCACCGUGGAGCGAUCGCGGUAUAGUCAACAUCACGACUCUGAAGAGGCUCCGGUAGCGUUGACGCGUUGACGUGCCAGUGAACAUGCUCCAGGUGGGAUUCGCGGCGUGUACUAAGAUCUGGACCGAUGGGCGCGGUCGUGGGCUCUGCAGAUUGGCCUUGUAUCCGUCAUGCAAGCGACCACCUUCUUCUCCGAGUUCCUGUUAGCACUCUGCUCAGCUGGAGUGCUACCCGCUAUGAUAUAUUUCGUCAUUCAUGAUUUGAUCCCGAGGACGUGGACCAGGGGACCAUGCCCUCGCCGGACUAGCGACAGAGGACACCCAGUUCAACGUCGGAGAUUCUGCGGGACGUUCCGAAGACUGGACCAGGACUAUUUCGCCCUGCUUCCUCGUCGCACUCAGGCCGCGUGUUGGGAUGGUCUGUACCGCAGCAGAUGGUCCGAAAAGCAAGCGGCCUGCCAUCUCUCAACAUCAGUGGUCAUCAACCGUUCGCAGACCGCCCGCGCAAGCACUCCAAAGGACAUAACACCAGUUGCUACGCUUACCAGACCUUGUUAGUUUGGUGAGUAUAGUGUUUGCAUCCUCACUACCAUUUUUCUGAAACUAGAACGUUAGAUUUGUCUGGCUCAGGCUGGAGCCUGGGCCGGACACGCGCGCUGUACUUGUACACACAUCCCUUGUCCGGGCUAUGACCAAUGACGAUUGAACUUGCACCCGCAAUCCCUCCGA